GUCUUGAACCCGCGCCCCGUCGCGCCGACACGCGCGCGCUCUGCAAGCGAGGACUUCCCCGCCCAGUGCAGCCCAGUGCAGCCCAGUGCGUCUCAGUAUUCCGCGCGCGCCUCUCUCCCCGACGACCUCCAAGACCUCCGACGCGCACCGAGAGUCCCGCGCCCCGCGGUGGACCGCGCACCGCGACCGAACGCAGGAACAGGACCGCGUUGUACCGCCCCGUCAAACCGCCCCGUCGCGGCGCACGCAGUCUGGGAUACCAUUUCUUGCAGAUUACAUGUGAAAAAUGCCAACACUUGUGGAAGCUUUGGAGGGCAAAUAUGGCCCGGAAGACGUUGAAGGAAUCGAUGAGGGUCUUCCGAUAGCGAUUUACGUGCCAAGAAAAGGACCCAGAAAUAUUGUUCCAUCAUUGCUGGUUCUAAAUGACUGUAACAUUGACUCAGCUGGAGAUGAAUGUGAUCUACAGAAAAAGUGCCAUGUUGUUGAAGAGCUGGACCUUGCUCAAAACAAUAUCACUCACUGGAGCGAUGUUCUAACAAUCCUUCGGCUCAUGCCGCAAGUAAAGUUUGCAAAUUUAAGCUUUAACAACUUGGCAGAGGAACUGACAGAUGAAUUGUGUGACAAGGAGAAGCACACACCGUUUCCACUUCUUCGCAACCUGGUACUCAUAUCCACUCAUGUCAGUUGGUGCACAAUAAAGAAGCUACUGAAGCUACUCCCAAACUUGGAAGAGUUGCAUCUAAGUUUGAAUGACUUCAGCACUGUGGAGUUAAGUGACAUCUCAGCAGAUAUUCACCAAAAUAUCAAAAGAUUACAUUUCACUGGUAAUCCUAUUUGUCGGUGGUGUGAAAUAUCAAAUUUGGGGAGAUGUUUUCCAGCUUUGGAGUCCCUUGUUUUGGCAGAUUGCCCCCUGCUGUCUCUUGAUCCCUCCCUCCCAAUUGAAAAAUGCAAAAUUGAUGACAGUGAGGAAUCUGAAGAUUCUUGCUCAUCAUGUGGAAGUCCUCCUAUGCAGUAUGGAAGAUGUGAGAGUGAAUGCGAGUCAGCUGGACCAAAACCGUACUCAUCACAUGAUGUUUUCCGGCAAUUGCGCUCAUUGAAUCUGACCAACACUCAUAUAGCAUCAUGGGAUGACAUUGACCGUCUUUCAUGUUUUCCGGCUCUCCACUGUCUUCGCAUCAAUGGUUGCCCCUUAUUUGAGGAAUACACCGAACAUGAGCGCAGACAACUUCUAAUCGCCAGAUUACCCAAUGUCCAAACCUUGAAUGGAGGAGGAGUUAUUAGUCCAGAAGAAAGGGAAGACGCUGAGAGAGCAUUUAUUAGAUUUUACAUGGAAAAGCCUGAGAGUGACCGUCCAGAGAGGUAUGGGAAUCUUCUUGGAGUUCAUGGCCGCCUUGACCCCCUAGUCAACAUUGAUCUCUCACCUGAGAAGAGAGUCAAAGUGAAAAUUGUUUGGGGUGACAAGUCAGAGAUCAAAAGCAUCAAUGUUUAUCAGACUGUCAGUGAACUAAAAAAGACCUUGGAACCAAUAUGCGGUAUUGCAGCAUCCAAAAUGCGCCUCUUAUAUAUUGAUCAAAUCUACUUGGACACACCAUGCCAGCACGAAUUCAUGAAAUAUCCAAAUAAACAGCUGUACAGCUACAAUAUAACUAGUGGAGAUGAGGUGCAUGUAGAUUCAAAAUAGUCAUAAAAUGUGAGGAAACUGCCCAAUUAUUCAUUCACUUUAGGUGAAACUUUGAGUUGGUACUGAAGUGAGAUUAAAUAUGCAACGGUUUUGUUGCAUAGAUUAAUUUUUACUUAACCCCCCUGUCAGAUGAUUCUUGGUGAUGAUCAUCAAGUUUCUUUUGUGACAAUGGCUUUUUAUUAACAUUUUAAAUGUGAUAUUGGGCUUAACAGAAACUGAAGAGAACAAUUUUAUCUCCCCCAUGAGUGUCAGUUAUUCAUGUGAUAUACAUUUGUCAGUUUCAAUUUUCCUUCCUCUUUACUCGCCCUUCUGAUUGAACAAUUUUCUUCUUUCGGGUAGAAAUGUUAGUCAAAUUUUAGGAUUUUUGACUUUGCUGCCCGCCUACUGUUUUUUCUGUGAUUUCCCAGGAACAGAUUAUCAUUGGACUUGAGGGCUAUUAGUGUUUUGUGGAAAAUUGCUUGAUGACACAUUUGAUUUGAUUGAAAGUUUUACAGUUGUUGAUGUAUCAGCAGCUUGUUCCCUACUGCUGUUGUCAUAUUGUUAUUCAUUAGAAUUUAUUGAUUUGGUUUUAAAUAAAAUCAGAUGGUAGUUGUCAGGUUGUCAGAAAAUACAUACGUUACCCCCACACAUACAAAAAAUGUGUUUCAACAUCAUGUUACCUACUUGUAGACAGAGUAUCAAUCAUUUCCUGACAAGGCUAUUGUGAUAUAGUAAUUAAGGUAAUGAGUAUUUUUAUUGUGCUUAGUAAAUAUUGCUUGAUGUCGAUCAGAUUUGAUUUAGUUGGCAAAUAAUGCCAUACCGUUUCAAACAUUAAAAUUUAAUGAGGUUUGAAUGAGGUCAAAUAUUGGUGGUGGUUUUAGUUUGAAUGUGAUAUAAGCUCAGAAUCAGUUACAUCUUGGAUGAACUUCCCACUCAUUUACAGUCUCAUUGGAACUGAUAUUAAGGCAGGACGGUGAUUGCGAAAGCUGGAAUCUGACAUUGUAAAGUUUACUAAUGCUUAGUGUUGUGUGUGUCUUUACCACAUAAUGUGGUUUCUUUUGCCAUACAUGAAUGUAGAAACACUUUGUUUGAUUAAGUCUGAUUUCAAUGCUGAUUUUCAAACUGUUUCAACAGUUAUGACCUGUACUGAAAAUUUUAUGUCUGCAUCGUCUGCAGGCUUGUUUGUCUUUUGUGCUAUGAUGUUAUUCCUUUGGAGUCAUUACUCGAAGAACAUGUUUUUGUUUUCUUCCGGAUAUUAUGAUUUGCAAAUUUUCCUCAUUACUACAUCUUAUGUAUUGUUGAGCAGAUUUGCAGCUUCAUGGUAAAUUCUUUUUGCGCUCUCACUAAAAUUAAAAUUCUAUUCAUUGUUAAGAUAUGAAAAAAAAAUAAUGAAAUAAAUAAUUUAUGUAGCUGUGAUAUUGUGUGAACUAUAAACUCAAUUAGAUUCUUUCUAAAAAUUUAAAGAGAUUUGAAUUUUUAAAUGUUUCAUAUCAUGUGGAAGAUUUGUUUUCUCCUCCGGAAAUUUUUAAUGACAAGUGGUAAGAAAAUGUGAUGUGCCCAGACACUUGUGUACAAAUAACAUAAGACGGAAAUUGUUCUUCUUCAUUUUAUCUGCCUUACACUUUUGUUUCUCUUGUUUACUAAUUACGUUGAGUUCUGAGAGCAUAAUGUUCGUCUUCAAAGCACUCAAUUGCAAAUAGGUUCUCUAUAAGGUGUUAUGCAUGUUUCUUUGCUUACUGUAAUAUAGAAUAAUUGUAGUCAUGUUUAUCAAUUUCAUUAUGUAAGUUGUAAAUGUUAGAUUUUGAGUCAUGGAAAAAGCACUUAAUUUUUUUUUCCACACAAGAGUGAUGCAGUAGUUCCUGGAUAGUGAUUGAUAUUGAAAGGAUUUUUGUGUGCGGUAAGAAAGUGGUUUAUUAUGUUAAAGAUUGUAUGUCCAGUAUUAGUAAGAAGUAUGAGAUAAAUCUCAUGGAGAGAAGAGAUAUUGUGGAUGAUUAAUUAAACUUUGAGCAUCAGAUACGUUUCUUAACGUCUAUGCUAGAACUGUUCCCUUAUUUUAUUUUUAUUUUUAUGAUUUUUUUUCUGAAGAUUGUCAGUUGUGCUAAUGCAAGCUUUGUAUUUAUUUGCAAUGUUUAUUGCAUGUUCGACUUCAUUUUUGUCUGUUUACCAGUCGAUCUUGGCACAAUGUAAAGAGGGAGUGACAAUUUUUGUGAGAGACUUCUGUUCUUCUCACUGUUGAAUAAAUGUCUUCUUGUGACUUUAAAGAU